CAGGGAUGAGCGGUCACCAAGGUGCAUCAAGAUCAAGACCAGCUGGGUCAGUUCCUCAGGGGGCUUGGAGUGAAUCUAGAUCACAUCAACAACAGCAACCAAUGAGGCCUCAAGGAGCGUGGGGUGCAGAGUCUGUCACCAGUUGUUGACUGCAUCCCGUUAAUUAGAGGAAUUAUGGACAGCGCAUUUAGCCCGAUAAAAUUUUUGUAACUUCAUUAGCUGGCUUCAAUACUUCGACACAGUCUCCCAAAAUUCAACAGGCAAGUUGAAUGACGUUAAACAUAAAGAGUGCUCUAAUCCCUAAUAUUCUCUACGCUAUUAUUAAUGCGGAGUUCUGUACAGCAACAUUUUAUAUCCGAACAUCAAUUUUUAAAAAGAGGAUUUUAAUGUGUCCAACUAAUAUCGAGUCAUUAUUAAAAAGGCCAGUGGCCGCGGUAGUCGGACUGUAAGAGUAACAGAACAAGGCGAUGGUGCCGACUCCAAAGCUCAUCCGGAUGUGUCCAGCACUUGUAGACGAGGAGGUAUGGAGGGAGUGCGAGGUCGCCCGACUCGUAAUCCCCUAAUUAGGACGAAGCCAGACAAUUUUGAAAAAAAGGGCACUUCGGGAGUACCGCUAAAGCUCCACGCGAAUUAUUUCGAAAUGCUUAGUACAGGUAAAUGGUGUUUGACCCAAUAUCGUGUCGACUUCAAUCCAGAGGUUGACAACACCAAGGAACGCAGGUCACUAUUAUAUACGGCUUUGAAGGACACUGUGGUGGGGUACAUUUUUGAUGGAACGGUUAUGAGCACUCCACAAGUUAUUCAUCCCGAUCCUUUGGAGAAAUUCGUUGAAAAUAAGGAUGGUGAGAAAAAAAUGGUCACCAUUCGAAGAGUUGCUGAAGUCAGCUGGGGAGACUAUUCCUAUAUCCAGGUUUUUAAUAUUAUUAUCAGAAAGUGUUCAGCCUACUUGAAACUUGAAAUGGUUGGCAGAGAUUUCUUUGAUCCACAUGAGAAAACCCAAUUAAAUGAUCAUAAUAUAGAAAUAUGGCCCGGAUAUCGUACGUCAAUAAGGCAACACGAGCAACAGAUUUUGUUAAACACGGAACUCGCUUUUAAAGUUAUACGUACUGAUACUGUGCUUCAAGUGAUGAUGGAAUAUAAAAGUCGCGAGGACUUCAUGAGUAGAGUGAUUGGCACCACAGUUUUGACAGAAUACAACAACAAAACUUACCACAUAGACGACAUUGAUUUCGAAUCCACACCGUGCAGCACUUUUACCGGAAAAGAUAACAAACAGAUUUCCUUCAUACAAUAUUAUAAAGACAGAUACAACAUCGAAAUACGCAACAAGAAUCAGCCCUUGCUCAUAUCACGAGCUAAGGCAAGGGAAAUUAGACUUGGAAUGUCUGAAACAGUUUUGCUUGUCCCGGAAUUGUGUCGUCUGACCGGACUGACCGACCGCCAAAGGGAAAAUUUCCAACUUAUGCGAUCAAUGGCCAAUAUAACACGUCUUCCGCCCAAAGGACGGAUUGAAAGGUUAAUGCGGUUUUGUCAAAGACUCCGCAAUUGCAACGAGGCAAUGCAUGAGAUCCGUCGUUGGGAUCUGGAAAUUGCCGAUAAGCUGGUUGAACUUCCAGCACGUCUGCUAACACCAGAAUCGUUACUAGCCGGCGAAAAUAGGAGUUACAGUGCUGGACAGGAAGCGGACUGGACCAGAGAACUGAGGUCGGUACCCAUGUACAGCACCACUGAAAUGAAGAGGUUGGCCGUCAUUUGUCCGUCAAGAUUAUUUGAUAAGACUGAGGAGUUUAUGACUUGUUUGCAACGUGCCGGUGGGGGCAUGAGGUGGAAUCUCAAAAAUUUCAAGAUUUUUCCGAUUCCCAGGGAUGAUACUACCAGUUAUCUUUCGCAAAUUGACUCGGUCUUAGGUCAAAAUCCGACAAUUAUAAUUUGUAUUUUGGCCAGUGCUUCAGCUGACAGAUAUUCUGCGAUUAAGAAAAAGUGCUACGUAGAUAGAGGCGUUCCUAGUCAGGUGAUUUUAGCUAAAACAUUGACUAACAAAGGUGUCAUGUCCAUUGCCACUAAAGUCGCUAUCCAGCUGAACUGUAAAAUCGGUGGUAUACCAUGGUCCGUACAUAUACCUGUCUCUGGUUUGAUGGUAGUAGGAUAUGAUGUGUGCAGAGACACAACCAAAAGAGGUAAAAGUUACGGAGCAAUGGUGGCAACUUUAAAUAGAUCCGGGCGUUACGUGAAUUUCGUGACUGAACAUUCCGCUGAAGAAGAGCUAUCACAUAAUUUUGGAGCCAAUCUGAUACUGGCAUGUAGGUAUUAUGCGAAUGAAAACGGCCAUUUACCAAAAAAGUUCAUAAUCUAUCGGGACGGUGUCGGUGACGGACAACUGCCCUACGUUAUUGAACAGGAAGUGGGUUCAAUUAAAAAAAGGUUGAUUGAUGAAUUGUAUAUGGAUGAACCUGCUCCUGGUAUAGCAUUUAUUGUUGUUAGUAAACGCAUAAAUACUAGGGUUUUCCACCGAGGCGAGAAUCCACCGCCGGGAACAGUCAUCGAUGAUGUUAUUACUUUGCCACACAGGUACGAUUUCUUCAUUGUAUCGCAGUGUGUACGCCAAGGAACGGUUUCUCCAACCAGUUACAAUGUAAUAUCUGAUACAUUAUCUUUGCAAGCAGAUCGAAUGCAAAUGCUGACAUACAAGAUGUGCCAUAUGUAUUAUAAUUGGUCAGGUACAGUUAGAGUACCUGCACCCUGUCAGUAUGCUCACAAGUUGGCGUUCUGUGCAGCUAAAUUUUUGCACAGACAGCCUCACAGGAAUCUUGCAAAUGUUCUAUACUAUUUGUAAGUUAUGUUGACAGUUUUAAAAAGCGCAGUGACUGCAUUUGAAUGUUACCUUUAUAUUUUUUAUAUUGUGACGAGUAUUCCGUUUCUGAUUUAGUUAUAUUAGGAAUUAUUAUUUUUUUUAAUUUCAUAAAAAACUUGUUAUUUUUAUAAAAAAAUAUAUUAAUAAAUAAUAAAUGUUCGUAAAUAUAUAUAAAU